ACUCAAAUUAACUUUGCUGGUUGCAUUCCUUAACCGAAGAGCACCGACGUCCGUAUUAUUGGGAGGCUUUUAUUUUGAAGGUGGCUUUCGCCGCGAGUUGCCGACCUAUUACCGUAAUGCCUAGUAUGAACAAAAUUAGGGGCGGCUGCCUUGACUGCUACUUUACGAGUGGAGGCUGGCUGGACCACAGUUGUGUCCCGGACGCCCGCGUCCGUCCAGGUCAGGAGGGAGCUGCGGAGGAGAGCGGAAUAUGCAGGUCACAACAUGAGCACGCUCUACGGGGAAUUCGCGGCCACCGGUCACCGAAAAGUCAGGUGCGCCGUGAGCCUGACUGACAGGGAGCUCGUCGUCCAGCGGCUCGGCUCGGUACCCGCGCGCCGGAACCGUGUGGCUCUCAGCCUGGAGGACUGCGUCGGGUGCCGGGCGUACCGGGAAGGUGACAAGGCCGACCCGGCGGCAUACCUGACGGCGUAUUUUUACCCGCUCAAGCGACGCUGGGUGGGCUCCGGGCUCUCACGGCAGAGAGUGGAGCAGUGCUUCCGACUCGCCGCGUUCCAAGAGCCGCGAGCCAAUCUCGAGGAGGCGCAGAAGUGGGCUUGCGCCGUCCGGGAGCGCUCGAACCGGUGCGAGCACCUUCGAGACGGGGUGCUGCUAAGUGAGCUUUCGCAUCCAUGCCGGAUGCUGCUGCUGGUGAAUCCACAGAGUGGGAAAGGACAUGCGCUCACGCUCUACAACAACCAUGUACAGCGGAUGCUCAACGAGGCCGGAGUCCAGCACACACUGAUCAUCACAGAACGUCAGAACCAUGCCCGCGAGCUCGUGAGGGAGGCUGACCUGUCCCAGUGGGACGCUCUCGUCAUCAUGUCAGGGGAUGGUCUUCUGUUUGAGGUCAUAAAUGGUCUCCUGGACAGAUCAGACUGGGAGGACGCGAUCCUUACACCGCUUGGUAUACUGCCUUGCGGCUCAGGCAACGCCUUGGCUGCAUCCAUACAUCACUACGCAGGCGCUUCGUUGGUGUCCAGUGAGGAGCUCCUGGUCAGCUGUGGCUUCCUUCUCUGUAAAGGUGUGGUGUCCCGCAUGGAUCUGGUCUCGGUCCACCUCUCUUCUGGCACUCGCCUUUUCUCCUUCCUCUCGCUGGCGUGGGGCUUUGUCGCCGACGUGGACAUCGAGAGCGAGAAGUACCGCCACUUCGGGGCGGCCCGGUUCACAUUGGGUAUGCUGGUGAGGUUGGCUUCUCUUCGUCUCUACAAGGGCAAGCUGGCCUACCUGCCUGCCACAGGAGACCGCAACUCGGUGGGAUCCAGACUUACAAACAAUCACAGCACCUUGUUGCGCCUCUCCAUGAGAGAGUCUCCCGUGCAGAACUCCUUCCACAACUCCUGUAACUCCAAUAACUCCCUCAAGGCGAGGAGAAUUGAGUGUUCAUGGAGCUCCAACAAAGCUCAAACGAGCCGGUCAGACUCUAUGCUCCCCCGUCUGGGGGAGCCUCUUCCUGGGAGCUGGGUGGUGGUCCCCGAAGAAGACUUUGUCCUGGUCCUGGCCAUGUACCAGUCCCACCUGGCCGAGGACCUGCUGGCUGCGCCGGAUGCCACUUUGGACGAAGGCAUCAUUCAUCUGUUCUACGUCAAAGCGGGAAUAUCCCAUGCUGCGCUGCUCAGGCUCUUCCUGGCCAUGGAGAAGGGUGCGCACGUGCCCUCCAGCUGUGCUCAUCUGGUGCACACUAAGGUGCUGGCGCUCAGGAUGGAGCCGUAUUCUCCCAAAGGCAUUAUAACGGUGGAUGGGGAGGUGGUGGAAUAUGGGCCAGUGCAAGCAGAGGUGCACCGGGGCCUCGCUAGACUCAUUAGUGCGUGAAUUUUAACCAGCUGACACACACACACCCGCAAUACACACAUUUCACAUCCAACUACACAUUCAAAGACAGGGACAUGAAAGUUGAAGUUGCUGUUUGUCUGCGUCCCAGGUGUGCCUUUUAUGUGUGCUUCAGGGGACAGUGUUUCCAAAGAAGAAAACUCUCUAUAAAGUGUUCAGUGUUAAAUAAAGACAAGAGGCAUCAUAUUCUCCAUAUAAUGCAACAUCCUCCGACAUUCCGAAAACAUGUUCGGUUCAUUGAAGACUCUAAAUUGUCCGUAGGUGUGAAUGUGAAUGCUCAUUUUGACUAGCGACCAGUCCACAAUGCCAGCUGGGAUAGGCUUCAGCUCACCCACAACCCUAAUGAGGACAAGCACUACAAAAAAUAUUGGAUUGGGGGUGCAACCAAGGAUUAUUUUAAUAAUAAUCUGUUUUAUUUUUCGGGGGAUUAAUUGGAUUUUUUAAAAAAUGUCAAAUUUUCAUAUAUUAAAAAAACAGGACAUUAUUUCAGAUUCACUGCAGAAAAUGCACAAACAUACAGUGAUGAGGAUUCAGUUUCUCGUUUGUUCUGUAACGUCUGCCAGAAAAUCGGCAAUAAUGUUGAUCAUUGUUUUCCAAAGCAGAUGUUUGCAAAAUGUCAGAUUUUGAUUAAACACACAGAUUUAUCGGUCUGCUCUCAUUUGUUGAGAGGCUGAAAUUCUGAGCAUUUGGACAAUUUCAAGUUAACACUAUCCCUAAAUGAUUAAUCGAUAAAGUACUUUCAGAUUAAUUGAUUAACCAAUUAAUUGUUGCACCUGUAAUGCAAAUACUGUAAUUCAGAUACAAUAUACAGGCUUAAGAAUAAUAGUCAGAUCGUGGUUGAUUCCCACCUCCUAGCAUAACAACCUGCAUAAAAUUGUCAAGAAGAGAAUCAUACCAGUAAACUAAGGCUGGAUUUACAGGAGUUCUAAGUGCCCAACUCCGGUAUAAUUCCGGUUUUUAACUGUCUUAUGUAAAAUGGUUCAAUUUACCAGUUUUCCAAGUUUGCAUGGUUGAUUUUUGUUGUGUGUUUUGAUCUUAAGUAUGAGUUACUGACACAAUGUUAACUAAACAUGCUUGCACUGUUAAUUCCGCUUCCAUCCAUCCAUUUUAUACAGCAACGGUUGAGAUGGAGCAUAUCCCAGGUGACUUUGGGUGAGACGGUUACGGUACACCCUGGACUGGUCGCCAGUCACUGGCAGGGCACAUAUAGACGAACAACCAUUCGCACUAACACCUCCGGACAAUUUAGAAUCUUUGAAUAAUGUGCACGUUUUGGGAAUGUGGGAGGAAGAACACAAGAAGAAAUCAUUUUCAUUGUACAAAAAAGGCUGUGAUGCCACCCACAUCAAGAAAGCGGAAUGCCCCAACAUGCAUGAAGCAUGAACAUGAAGGCACACUUUACAAUUCCUUUUCUUGCCUCUCCUUAUUUAAUAAGGGACUGAUGAACUUCCUUCACAUCCUUGUCUAAGUGGAUUCAGUCUGUCAUCAUAUUUAGGGACCUCCAGCUUAAUUGUUGCCGUUACAUUUCAAAAUGCUUACUUCUGGUUGAGCAGGGUUAUUCCUUUCUUUUUUUUAAUCAUUUGAGAUGCAGAUAUCAUUUACAUGCUUGUUGGCAUGAUAACGUUUCUCUGUCACUACCCUGCAUACAAAGCAGGCAAAGACAUUUUAGUAAAAGAAUUAUAGCACUAAAAUAUAUACAUAUAUAUACACACAUAUAUAUAUAUAUAUAUAUAUAUAUG